UUACACCCCACCCAAUGUAUGUGCCCUUUCUUCCUUUCUCUUCUCUUUGUUUCUUUACCCAUUUCCCUUGAUUGUGUCUUAAGAGUUAAGAUCCUACCAAUUUGAGUUUCAAUUUCUAUUUCGGGUUUCUGGGUCUGCAAUUCUGCUGUUGUUUGAUUGUCAGCCGGAUUUAACAGUAACAGGGUUUAUAGUCGUUCUACACGAACCAUAUAGUAAGGUUGUAUACUUUACACCCUUCAGUGUCUUUACCAAGAUCCUCUCUUGCAGCAAGACCUUUUGAUUAUGCUUAAAGGGGUACGCUGCUUUGAGGGUUGGGAGUUGGGACAGAACUUUCGAUCCCUGUCGACUUUUUACUGGAAUGGUAAUGAUUAUCUUAUGUCUUAGAGUACACAAUGGAGAGUUGGCCUCGUUAGCCUGGAGUAGGGAAGUAUAUACGGAAUGAAGUGGUGGAGUAACUUGCAGUAAAGCCGUGACUGGUUCGAUGGGCAAGGAAAGCUUUUCACUAGCUGAAAGUGGAGUCAGUGAGGGAGAUGGCUUGCCUAGACAGAGUGAUAAUCUAGGGACUCACCCUCGCCACAGUCUAGACAAGGAGGCUGGAUUGCCUACUUGUCGCGUGUGUCAUUGUGCUGAAUCUGACAAAAGGGGAGAUGCAGCAUUAGAGUUUUUAGGUAUCACUCCCCCUUUACAAGAAGCAUGCAUGAGCCACAUGGAAGUAAAUCAUGACAGCAAGGUAGCCCUGAAAGAUGCUGAAAGUGAUAGUUCUGUCAAGAAAAAUGUUGGACAAGAAUCUAGGUUUUUGGAGUUUAUAGGCCCUGACGGGGAAGUUUUCAUUUGUAGUGCUGAUAUAGAAAUGGGUGCUUGUCAGCAUCAGGACACUUUACUGGAGCUUGGCUGCUCUUGCAAAAACGACCUUGCUCUAGUGCACUAUUCAUGUGCACUCAAAUGGUUUAUCAACCAUGGAUCCACUGUUUGUGAAAUUUGCGGACGUGUUUCUAAGAAUAUCAGAGGUACAGAUUUAAAAAAGGUUCUUCUUUCAUUGAAAGAGUACGAGUCAUUGAGAGAAAGAACUGCUAGUGGGCAAACCAAUCCGCUAAAUGCCAAUACAAGUACAGGUGUAGAUCCGGAUGCUGUAGCAGCUAUCCGAAGGCAACGGCUGAGUGAGAUUUCCCUGUGGUUUAGUCCACACAAUAAUGCAAAUGGCAAUUCUGUUGCUGUUUCACAAGUUGAAUCAGAAGAACCUCACGAUACUGCCAUUGUCCCUGUUGAAAGUCGUGCAACCAAAUGGGCUGUGGAAGCUACUGCUAUCCUGCUUGCCACAGGGCUACUUACCGUUACUGUGGCGUGGCUUUUAGCUCCUCAUGUUGGGAAGAAAACUGCCAGAAGUGGUCUUCAUAUUCUCCUGGGUGGAAUUUGUGCUUUAACGGUUGUGGUAUUUUUCCGAUUUUUUGUGCUCACAAGAAUCAAGUAUGGACCGGCACGGUAUUGGGCAAUAUUAUUUGUCUUUUGGUUUCUUGUUUUUGGAAUUUGGGCUUCACGGACACAUGGCGCGCACAAAACAUAAUUCUCUUGUAGCUAUGUAAGCUUGUCAUUUCAUCCUUUUUCCAUCUCGGAAA